GCCAGUAAAUAUUCAAGAUUGAACAGAGAGAAGGAGAGAGGGAAUCGGAGCGAAAGGAUAGAGAGAGAGAAUACACGGAGAGGGAUAGGAAGGAAGCGGGAAAGACAAUAGGGGGCCAGAGAGUGUGGAUGAUCCGUGACAGCCGCAUUCACUUCUCUGGUCCCGGAUUGUAAUCGAAUCCAAGAGUUGUAUCAACCGAUAAAACCAUGAAAGACUUGGCCUGUUAUGAACACAACAAUGAAGCCCACAAACUAUUGAAACAAAUAAAUCAAUACUUGGAGCAAGAAUCCAAAUUUCUACCAAAGGCCAGUGGACUCCUUGCAAUUGAAGCCUCUUUAGAGAGUGAUGAUUGUAUCUCUCCAAAGUUAAGAGAUGCCAAAGUGGAAGAUCUCCGGAGUUUGACCAGAUUCUUCGGCUGCAGUACUGAAACUUUUGUUUUAGCGGUUAACCUACUGGACAGAUUUUUGUCGUUGAUGAAGGUGCGACCAAAACAUCUGCCUUGCCUUGGAUUAAGUGUCUUCCAUUUAGCAGCUAAAACCAUUGAGGAAGAAUGUAAUAUCCCUUCUGUCCAUGACCUCCUCCGCAUUAGCCAUUGCAAGUUUACGGUGUCUGACCUCAAGCGGAUGGAAAAGAUUGUCUAUGAGAAACUGAAUGGGGAAUUUAAGGCUGUCACUGCCUUGCAUUUUUUACAUUUGUAUCAUGCCCUGGCGCACUGCCAUGUCACCAGUGGGAAAGAAUUUCUGAUUCUUGACAGGCUGGAAGCACAGCUGAAAGCCUGCAGCUGCCGAUUUGUCUUUUCCAGAGCUAAACCAUCUGUAUUGGCCUUGUCCCUUCUGACUCUUGAAGUUGAAAACUUGAAAUCCAGUGACUUGUUUGAAAUUAUACUGCGUGUUCAAAAACAUUCCAAAAUUAGCCAUUAUGACUUGGCAUACUGGCGUGAAUUGGUGUCCAAAUGCCUGGCUGACUACUCUUCACCUGAAUGCUGCAAACCUGAUAACAAGAAACUAGUGUGGAUUGUUUCAAGACGUACAGCCCGUCAUUUACAGAAUAGUUAUUACAGUGUUCCUGAAUUGCCAACUAUCCCAGAAACUGGCUGCUUCAGUGAAACUGAAAGUGAGGAUUCGUGUGAAGAAAUGAGUUGUGGUGAAGAUGGUCUGAGCAGCUCUCCACAGAGUCUCUCGGAUGGUGAAUUCUUCUCUCAUGAUCUCUUGCACCAGUCGAAGUGGCAAAAUUUCUGUUUUCGCACUCAGUCUCCAAAUGUAUUAUAGAUCUGUGACUCAUCUUUGCACAUGUUGUUAUUGUUGUUCACUUGGCUCGGAUUUGAGGGUUUUUUUAAGUGAAGUUUUCUUUUUAAAAUCCAUUUAUAAGCUAAGUAGGGAUUGAAUUGCAACAAAGUUUCUAAAGUUCCGUUGUAGAUUACCUACAUCAGUUCAGAGGUCUUGCAGCCUCAUCCCCUCAUUCUUAUUAUUUGGCAUCAUUGUCCCUAGUAACUUUAUAUUGUGCUAAUGAAAAGUUACUCUGUCUUCAGCUCAGUGAGGUGAUGUCCUUCAAUUCCACUUGGACAAUAAUCACUCAUUGCUGAUGUAAAACUGAUUCUGUCCACUCUUCUGCUUGUUGGAGGCAAUUCUAUUGGCAUGGAAUUUUAUUUGCAAAAUAUGGUAAAAUAAAUAUCACAACAUCAUUUUAAGCUUAUUUUAGAAUAUCUAAAUACAUAUUUUCUUAUGAUUCUAAAACUAAAAGCACUGACUUAAAUUCCUUCAACACAUUCAUGCACAGUUUGACUAGAUAACCUACAGGGCUGUUCUGACUUUACUGUUAUCUGAUUUAUAAAAAUCAAAUGGUUGAGAGAGACUCUGUAAAAUGCAGCAAUUAUGGUAAAGCUAGUCAAGUGUCCUGCAAGCUAACAAAAAAUUCUACUUGUGACUGUGUUUAAAGUAAACAUUGCAUGCUAUCCAUGUCCAUUGACAGAGACAUGAAAAAUAAAUUGUGUUGUGCAUGCUAAAGGAGCACAGGUAUUUGGAUCUGCCAGAUGGCAGUGCAGCAUCAAUAAAUUGAUAACUUACAAACUCUGAUAAAGUAAGGCAAAUCUGAAAGGAGUAUUGCAGAUGUUUGAUCAUAUAACUCUUUAAAAUGAUUACAGAUAACCAUGUCUUUUUAUUAAAAAUCGUAAGUAUUUCAAGACUGACUUUAAACUGUAUCUGGAAAUUAAAUCCUUUACUAAACAUUUAUUGGUUGUAAAAUGUCAAAUUAGGAUAUUAGUGAGUGGGUGAAGUGUGAACUAAAAUUGAAUGUUAUUAUUGGACAUUUCCAUCACUUUAAAUUGCUAACCCAUAUCUACUGUAAUGGGAUAGUAUAGCUUCUUUUAAAAAAGGGACAAAAACUCAUUUUUGCCUUUUAAAAUUGUUUGAGUUAUCAAAUCAUUUCAAGUUAGAAUGUUAUGGGAUCAUUUUAUGUUGUUGCUUUACAGAUUCCAUUUUAUAGAACCAAUUAUUUUGAGUGAAGUAACAUCAAAUUUAAGCGUGUACUGAAAUUCUACAGUGUUGUCGGAUUUUUUUUUUCUGAUGGAAGAUUUAAACUCUUCACCAAUUGUACCUCCUGCACAUCAAAGCUUGCUGUCUGCAUCUGUCACUAAUACAUGGUUUGUGAAAAGUGCAGAUGUGGUAGAUAGAAUGCCAAUAACAACUCUUCAUGCUUGUCACUCCAACUGCUUGGAGAAUGUUUGGGUUAGGCAUACAUGUUGCUUAUAGUAAAAUACAAGUUUUAUUUUAAAAAGGACAAAAGUGCCAACUGGAGGAAAUGUACUUUUUAAAAUUGUAAAUAUUACAGCUAUUUGAGAUGGUACUUUUGUUAAAACUGUUGUACUUUUUUUUAGAAACUAACAAUUACCUCAAACUGAGCCGUUGGAAUAGUAACUUGGUUUUUGUACAAUGUAUUGGCCACUUCAUGUGCCAACCAGAUAUUUUUGAGAAUUUUACUUUGUUAUUACAAUGUACUAUUGAUUUUGUUUGAUCAAUGAACAGGCUUUUUUUUUGUUUCAGAUAUGAAGUAAGAGUUGUUGCACAUAACCUCUCUGUGCAGCAGUGAUGUAUGCAAGAGAAAUCCUAGUUUACAAACCAAUGUAUAUAAUAAUGUAACCUAAACGUACAAGAAAGAAGUGCACUUAUUUUCCCCUUAUUCAGGUAUGAAAGCAACCAAUGCACUUAUGAAAAGUGUUGUAUGUAGCACUGUCUGGUUCUGUAGCAUUGUGUACAAAUUCCCUGUAGAUAUUAACUUAUUGUAUCUUUCCAAUUUAUUUAUAUAUAUAUAUAUAUAUAGUAAAAAUAUAUCAACCUGAAACUCCUACCAACAAGGGAUGAGUAAAUAAAGACUCUUUUGAAAUCUGUUUUAUUUUGUUCAGAAGUUCUAGAUUAUACUUGACUGCCACAGUGCAUAUGUAAAUCUAAUGAACCUCAUUGUCUCUGGAUUUUUGAUCAACAAAAGAAACAACAUGACCUUAAACUUUAGAUGAUGCUGCCUUCAUUAGUUUUAAGAAGAAAAUCCCACAACUUAAUGACUGAUGGUCUGUCUUUUUCCCAGUCUUAAAUGGGAGGUCCCCUAAAUUUUUUUUAAAGCUAUGUUUCCCCUACCUGGAGAUAUGCACACCCUGUCAAAUUACCUCAGAAUGUUUGUAUCUGUUUCAGAGAUUUACCUUUUUACCUUUUUUUUUUUGAAGUUUGUAGAAUGAAAAGGCAAAGAUUCCUGUUGGCUAAUCAAUCCUUCUGUGCCAACAUGUUUGCCUCUACACCAUGAGCACUUACCUUAUGUGGUAACCUUGAUGUGUGAUACCAUGUUGAAAGUCUUUUGGAAGUACACCAAAUAGCUUAAAUACUAGCCAUUAUUUUCUGUCCAAACUUUUAUCCUAUUUUCACUUCAGCCAAAUCUGCCUUCAUAUCUUUGUAUUGCAUGUGUUUGAGUUUGGGAUACUAGCCUUAAGUCUACUUUGCUUACACUCACAUGCACUGGGCGCAUGGAGCAGAACAAUUUGAGAUGAUGGAAUCUCACGUGAGUCAUACGUGCUUAGGUCUGAAAGCAUCAAAAGCUGGGAUGUGGGCUCAGAACCAGCAGUGAUUCACCUCCAUGAGUUCCACGCGGUGGUAACCAAUUAAGUUAAUUACAAUUACUGUCUUAGACCUUUGUAAAGUCUUCCUCAAAGUGCUGAAACAAGGCCCACUGGGAUUUGAAUCAGUUUUAUUAUCAGGUACUUAAAUAAGUACAAUGAAAAGUUUUUAUAAGUUGCCAAUUACAGCAUCAUCUUAGGUACAGAGUACUUGGGUACAAUCCUUAGUUACAGUUAAUUGCCAAUCAUCAUUUUGAUAGCCAAGGCACAGUAAGAUGCUCCAGUUGGAGCUCCUCUGCUUGUCAGUUCCUUUUGCUUUCUUUUUCCCCUCUUUGCAGCAGCUUUUCUUCCCAUCCCCCUGCAACAUUGUAAACAAUUACCCUACCUGGAGAAUGGGGGCAAGACAAAGUCACAACGAGAGCCUGGGCAGGAGUGGACCACACAGGCUGAGCUGCAGAGUGGCAGCAGAGCUGGUGGGCCGAGUUCCAGAGCAGAGAGUGGACCAAGUCUCAGCCAAAGCACAGAGCAGCAGCAGAACGAGCACACGCCAAGUCCCAGAACUGCAACAGAGAAAGUCCUGGACAGAGACCCGUUCAUGGAGGCAGGGUGGCCUCGUGUUCUGAAGCCCGAUGGGACUAUAAGGACUUUAACUUAAGUAUUUUACAGACACUUUUUAUUCUCGUCUGGACUUUUAAGCUCUGUAUUCCUAAGCUAAUAUAUUUUUUCACUAUUUCCAUUCUGUGAAACAACAUUUAAAGUAUCUGUACCUAGGUAUCUUGUACCAAAGAUGACGGCAAGAGGUGCCAUUACAAACUUUUCACUGCACAUGUCUAUAAAGGCUAUUAAAUUAAAUGGCAGCAUAAGAGGGUCAGCUGAUAUUUACUGCUACAGAUAUCUUGUGUGAAUUUGCUAGCAUCUCCCAUGAACAGGACAUUUUCGAUAAGUAAACAGAUAUUUUUCCUUUAAUGUAUCCACCACCGCAUAUCCUCAAUUAAAAAUCUAACUUUUCUUCCUGUUAUAA